AUGUUCCUUCUCCUAAAUGGGAAGACCUCAUCAACUCCUGUAGGAAGGAUAUCAAUCAUAAAAGGACAUUUGAAGGCAUCAUUGAGAUUUAGUUGCACAUUCAAGGCAUUGAGAUCGACUACUGACAAGUAUGGAAGAGACAAUAUAUGUAUUGCAGGACAUUCUUUAGGAGCAGGUUUUGCUCUCCAUGAAGGAAAAACAUUAGUCCAACCAGGAAUAAACGUGGAGGCACAUUUGUUCUAUCCGCCCUCGAUUUCAUUAGUUAUGAGUUUAAGAAACAUCGGGGAAAAAGCUGAGGUCAUUCGGAAGAGGUUCAAGUCAAUGCUUCCUUCGAGCACUGAAGUUCAGUCGACCGGUGACAAGGGAAUGAUGAAAUCUACUACAUUGGGAUCAAAGCAAUGGAUACCCCAUUUGUAUGUAAACAAUAGAGACUACAUUUGCUGUGCCUAUACUAACUCCAUGAAUCAGAAGGUAACAAUGCCGCUGAUAUCAAGAAAAAUGUAA